AUGGCCGGUGAGGGUGAAUGGCGCAAGGUCGACCCUCACACCAUGAAGGCUCUCCGUGAUCUUCGUGCCCGCCAGAACCAAGACUCCUCCUUCAUCCCAGGAACCACCCAGGGCCAUGGCUCGAACUGUGCCGAUGCCUUUGGUGCUGGAUAUGAGCUCUGCGCCGACAGCAAAGUCUGCUACAACCCAACUGAGGGCGACCUCUGCUGCUCUGAAGGAUACCCAUGCCCCAAGGGAAGCUUCUGCCUGACCAAGGGAUACUGCUGCCCCAACGGCCUUGACCCCAAGGAGUGUGCCAAACAGCACAACGUCGAGCUUCCCCCAACAUACGGCAGCUCCUCUCCCACUGGUGCUCCAUUCCCAACUGGCGGCUCUUCUCCCACCGGCUCCUCCCCAUCGACUGGCGCUCCUCAGCCAACUGGAACUCUUCCAACCGGAACCGGUGCUCCCACCGGCACCAGCAUCCCACCAACCGCCACCAGCCCUCCCAUCUACACCGGAGCUGCUAGCCACAACGCCAUCCAGGGUGCUGCCGCCGCCAUCGUCGCCUUCGGCCUCGUCCAGAACCUCUUGUAG